UUCAUAUUACAGUGGCUUUGACAACCGAACAGAAAUAAACAACCCUUACAUUUAAAGAUACCAUCACUGGAGACAUAAAAUGCAGUAGUUGUUUUUUACUUCAAUUAAAUUAUUUACUCAUUGUUAUCGUUCGGGUAGUGAUUAGUCGUGAACACAAUGCUAGGUAUCUAUUAAAGUAAUAGAAAUAUUAGUACCACCCUAGAGCUUGGUCAGAAUCAAAUAACUAGAUAGGAGAACACAUAGCUGACCAUUGUCCCUACUUUUAAUGGAAAUUUAUUGGAGAUUGUGGAUUCGUUACGUUGCGUUAUUAAUAGUUUCUAUUUAUCCCUAUUUAUAUCUCAUUUGACAUUUGACAAUUCUUAACUUGACAACCGACAACCGGAAUUACCAGGCUCCGUCAAAAUUCAAAGUAAAAAAUAAGAUGUUAAACAUAGUGUUUAAAAUUUUUUAAUUGCAAUGCACGCAGAUACAUUUACAUAAUUAAAUAAUCUAUCUAAUAAUAAAAUAAUUAACAAAAAAAAUGUCUAAAAGAUAUUUCCAGCAGAAUUAUGGAGAGAGAAAAAAAGCUAAAUUGGACUGGAGCACAACUGAUCAUAACUUCCCUAUGAGUCAAAAUACAUCCGUAAAAGAUACACAAUUUACACAAUCAAACUCUUGGGGUAACGAGGAAGAUGACGAAAUGCUACUCAUGGCCAGUCAGGUCUGUGAAAAUGCCUGCAACGAUAGCCAACUUCCCAACUACAGUAUGUUUAUACCGCCGGCUUCAACUAGCACACAGCUUCCACAGCCAAGCACUUCCAAAAACAUAUUCAAAACCCCAACAUUGAAUCCCACGAAUUCAAUAUCUACACAAUUAAAAGAAAAAUGCAACAGAAUUUCAUCCCCAUUACCAGGCAUAGCAAAUAAACUAAUGAAAGAUAACUUGCAAGUGAAUGUACCUGACAAUUUAAUUAUGAAUGACAAGAUAUACGAGAAACAGGAUUCUGAAACUAUUUAUAAGCAGUUACUUCAACUACAAGAGGAAAAUGUCAAAUUGAAAUCUGAAAAUGGAAAAUUAAUUGAAAAAUGUGUAACUAAAGAAGGUGAAGCCUCAAUACUAAGGACUCAGCUAAAAAGUAUUCAAGUUGCCGCUGACAGUGCCAGGCUAGAGAAAAUGAAUGUGCAAGAAAAACUGCAGAUGGAAUGGACAGAGAAAAUAAAUGCUAUUAACAAUCAGAUGCAUGAUUUAAGGACCCAAUUAGAUUUUAAGAACCUCGAGAUAAUUAAUGCUAAGGACAGAUGUAAAAAAUUAGAAUCGAACAAGCUCAACUUAACACAAGUUACUAUUUCAAAUAAUGCAUUAAGCCACACCUCAAAAACCAACGGAGUCAAUUCCUCUUUAACUCAAAGCAAAAAAGUCAAGAUGGUCUCUGACAUAACGCAAACCGAGAGAAAACUACACUUCCUGAAGCUACCAAAGAGAAUACCUACAGCUUCAUCAAAGCUGAGUCACAUACUGCCACUCAUUAUUCGACCAACGGUAAAGAAGCCUUCGAUACUGGAAUACAAUGAGAACUUAAGGAGGUGUCCGGAGACCGCGGCCCAGUGUGGAAUGCUCGGCACGUCCCCUGGUAUCCCGUCCGGGCUGACCCUCGAACGAAGUGCGAGGAGGACAAACCUUCAGAGCAUUUACGAGGAUAUAUGUAGUAUCGCAGUCGGGACUGCCGAUGAUAAUAAUUAUUAUAAGGUAUUCGAAACAAUAAAACUAAUAUUGCACGAGACACGGCAGCGCCUGGUCUCCAUAUCGCGCAGGAUGACGAAAGCCUUCCAGAAGGAGAUCGACGAGAGGUACGCGGAGAGCGCCUCGACCUUCGUGCAUGUCGACAGGGAACAGUUGUUGUCCAGCACUGAGCUGUACCGGGACGAGCAGGACAUAGAGGCGCGGCGGGCGGCGGGGGCGCUGGGGUACGUGCGGGGCGCGCGGGGGGCGGGGGACGGGCUGCUGGCCCAGCUCCACGAGAUAUGCUCUCUUAUACAAAAAUCUCACUGCGCGGCGCCGCACGCCGGGGUGCUCCUGGCCGCGGCGCACGUGUCCGCCGGCGCGGAGGCGCGGGCGGCGCGGGGCGUCCUCACCGCUAUAAUAAGGGCGAAGCCGCCGCCCGCCGUGUCCCGCGCGACACUACGGGCGGCCGCGCGACUGUCGCACCGGGGCGGACUUGCAGGCGCCUUCUGUCCCGGGACGAGCCUGGAGAAGUCGGAACAAGAGCGGGACCAAGGACCGUGCGCCAUGCAGAUGCUUCUGACGCAGAUAAAAGUCUGCCUGAGGCGUGCGGGGCGGGAGGGGUGGGGGGGACGCGCGGUCGCCGGUAUCGCCGGGGACUUGCUUCUGCUGUUCAGCGGCCUGUACCCCCGGGGCGUCAGCUUGCUUCCCGACAAAUCCAGGUGCAGCUGUCCGCUCGCGCUGGUGCAGACCGCCGUGCUCAGCCUCCGGGCCUGCGCCGUGAGCCUCCGUGAGCACGCUGCAGCGGGAGCGACAUCCGACCGUGCGUGGGAGGAGUUGCUGGCGGCGUGUCGCUGCGGCGUGCAGAUGCUGUACCAGUGCUCGAUGCGGGACGCGGACUUCGCCGCGCUCCUCAAGCACAACGAGGGACACCUCAUUCAGUUCUGCGAGAUCCUGAAGGACUACCCGCACAGCGACGUCCACUCCAGCAUGCUCUCGGAGCUGUCGUUGCCCCUGCAGGCCGCGCCGCCCCACGCGCCCCCCUCCUUCCACAACACGCCCUGGCUGGACAGCUUCAAAGACUUCACCAUAUCAGAUUAAACAUCGGUGGAGGAGCACACGCCGCCUACACGGACAGCAAGAGUAGCAAGCCACUGCAUGGACAACGCCAAGAUCUUAAUGCCAAUAAUAUUUUGUGAGUCGUCGUGGCCUAAAGGAUAAGACGUCCGGUGCAUUCGUAUGUAGCGAUGCACCGGUGUUCGAAUCCCGCAAGCGGGUACCAUUGUUUUCCAAUGAAAUAUGUACCUAACAAAUGUCCACGAUAAGCUUCCACAGUGAAGGCAUAACAUCGUGUAAUAAAAAUCAAACAAAAUUAUAAUUUGUGUAAUGACUGGUGGUAGGACCUCUUGAGUCCGCGCGGGUAGGUACCACCACUCUUGCUUAUUUCUGCCGUAAAGCAGUAAUGCAUUUAGAGACCUUAGAACUCAUGUUUUAAGGUGGGUGGCGACAUUAACAUGGUUGAUGUCUAUGGGCUCUGGUGACUAUUUAACAUGUGGGCUGUGAGCUCGUCCAUACAUUUAAGCAAUAAAAAAUGGGCGCAUGACAGUAGGGCGUGCCUGUCCGUGAGUAGUGACAAUAUCAAAUUCCCUUGACCAAUAUGUUUUGUGACUAUCAAAACGUACAGAUUAUCAUUGGAUGUUUUUAAAACUAUGGUUCGUGCGGUGGCGUUGCGGUUUGUAAGUAUGCCACCAGACUUGUGAUAACUUCAUGUAACUCCCAACGACGUAUUCAAACAUAUACAAUGUUAUUUAUUAUACAUUUAUUAUUGUUGUUGUUUAUUUGUGAUUUUUCUUAAUUAAACACAGUACCAGAUACAUAAAAAAAGCUUCACCUAACAGCCUAUAAUUGCAACUGUGCUAUAUUCAGUAGUGUAUUUUUAUACAAUCACAAUCACAUAAUUAAGUUUAAUUUGACAAAUGGGAGUCGCAGCGACGGCUUUUGCACUUCUAAUGUAACGCGCGUUCGGUACCUACAUACUAAUAUGUCAACUCUGUGUUAUAAUUUAAACAUGUAAUAAAUAUAAAUAUUUUAGGCUGGAUUCCGAUAUGAUCCAAUGAUAUGUUCAACAAUUAAUGAAAAUCCACCAUAAUUUAUUUGUUCUUUUUAAGUUUUCAAACGAAACGUCAUGUUUUUAAUGAUUUUGUUUUGAAUAAAACGAAUUUGUUUUUAUAUAA